GUCUACAUCAAAACAGCUGACAGAGAAACGUGUAACUUCGAAAUGAAUAAAAUUCCAGCACGCCACAUUUUGGCAAUCUGCGGUACUGCCCUUGGUGCCUUCUACCUUGGUUCCUAUGCUGAACGUCGUCAAGGAAAUAAUGUCAAUGAGAACACUCUUAAAUUGCAUCUGCCUGGUUUGCCCACUUUUAGCACCGUGUCGGCAGCCACUCUUAUCCCGGCAAACGAAGUGAACGUCAGUGCCACCCCUUCACGCAUUUCCCAGAUCAUGAAGUAUGGCUUUCCCGGCCUGGACCAUGUGCGAUCACACUCGGAUUAUGUAUUGUCAUACGAUCGAAGGAAUCGCGUUCCGCAUUGGGUAUUCGAGCAUCUGACGGCGCAGACAGUUGCAAAAAACGAUGCAGUAGAUAGAGCCAAAUCUGAGUUCCGGCAAGACGAAAGCAUCCAUCCGUUCUUUCGGGCACAGAAUACAGAUUACCGCCGAUCGGGCUACGAUCGUGGACACAUGGCUGCUGCAGGUAAUCAUCGCCUGCAUCAGAAGCACUGUGACGAGACGUUUUUGCUGUCGAAUAUGGCACCGCAGGUGGGUCAAGGCUUUAACCGGGACGCAUGGAACACGCUGGAGACACACGUGCGGAAGCUGACCAACGUCUAUGCCAAUGUCUAUGUGUGCACGGGUCCUCUCUAUUUACCCCACAAGGAGGAUGACGGCAAAAUGUAUGUAAAAUACGAAGUAAUCGGGACCAACACAGUGGCAGUUCCCACCCAUUUCUACAAAGUUAUAGUGGGCGAGUCCGCAACGGAUCAAAAACUUCAUAUGGAGGCCUAUGUUAUGCCGAACAAGGUCAUAAGCAAUGACACACCUCUGUCCGUAUUCCAGGUGCCACCAGAAACAGUGGAAAGGGCGGCUGGAUUACUGUUUUUUGACCAGCUGAAUAAGAAGCAAUUGGCCAGCAUCAAUGGCAAAAAAGUGUGAGAUUAGUUCUACAAAUCGAUUUAGUUAAUUGUAUAUAUUAUUAGGAUCAUGUUUUAUAUAAUUUUUUGCUUCUUUUCCAAAGAA